AUGGUGAAUCUGCCUGAUGUGGUUGAAGAGGACUGGGUGGAUAUGUGCGAUGAGGGCUCGUCUCUCGACCAGCGGGCCGUUCGUCUUCCGCUGAUUGCUUAUCUACUAUUCGUUAUUUUGGAGUUGUUAGCUCGGGGGAGCAAUAUCUUCACGAUCGUUGUCAUCGUGCUGCAUCCGACGAUGCGCACCGGCACGAAUUAUUUUCUGGCGAAUCUGGCGCUCGCCGAUUUGCUCGUCGCUGCUUUUUGCAUACUGCCAGAAUAUGGUUCACAUCGUAGGAUUCGAUCACGGCAACUGGACGCUUGGUAC